AUGCGGGGUGCCACAGGGCCGAGCAUCGCAGCGCUGAGCCGCCGUGCUGCCUCCCCCGAGGGAUUUUCUCCCCUCAUUGAUGGCCGCUCGCAAGGCAGGGCAUCUGCGCUGCUGGUCACGGCGCCCUACGCGCUCUGCGUGUGCCCCGAGGGCCAGAACGUCACGCUGACCUGCCGCGUCUCGGGGCCGCUGGCCGACCACCACGACCUGCUCUACAAGACCUGGUACUUCAGCGGCGACGGCGACCGCAGCUGCUCCGAGAAGCGGCACAUCCGCAACGCCACCGAGCGCGAGCUGCGCCACGAGGCCGCCGGGCACCACGGGCCAGCGGCCAACCGCCAAGGAGCGCUGCAGAACUGCACCUUUCACGCUGCCGCCAGCCAAGAUACAACAGCCGCCGCGCUGGCAACGGGGGCCUGUAUCGUGGGCAUCCUCUGCCUGCCCCUCAUCCUCCUCCUCAUCUACAAGCAGAGACAGGCGAUCACCAACAGGCGCGCCCACGAGCUCGUGCGGAUGGAGAGCAGUGCUCAGGGCAUCGAGAACCCCGUCUUCGAGGCCGUGCCUGCUGCCGAGACGUGGCCCCGGGGGUCGCUGCCCUACGCGCCCACCCGGCAGCCCUCCGAGUCGGGCCGGCGCCUGCUCUCCGAGCCCAGCACGCCGCUGUCGCCCCCGGGCCCCGGCGACUGCUUCUUCCCCACGCUGGACCCCGUUCCCGACUCCCCAAGCAGCCCAAAGGCUUAG